AUGGGGGACAUACAAUUUGCGAAACAGAUUCUGUCGUCGUUAGACAACAAACCGAACAAAUAUCCGGCGGACCAUGUCUUCGAUCCCAAAACCUUCCAACUGCGAAUACCCUACACACUUCCCAAGCUUUCAAGCCCGCCGCACCCUCAGCCGCCCAAGACAACAGCUUCGACGGUUCCACCAGGCUCAGAAUCCGCGGCUCCCACCAUCACCGUCACGUUGAAAUCUGCACGAAAUCCCAACAUGACUCUGGUGGUCCCAUCGGUAGACCCCGGCACCACGACGAUCCAAGCACUAAAGGAACAGGUACAAUCAUACUUGGGCGGUCCCACGGUUGUACACCUGGACAAGAUCAAGGUGCUGUUGGACAAGAAGCCGAUACCGCCGUCGAAGAAGACGGUGGCCGAGGCAUUGCAGCAAAAGGCCCCGGAGGGAGAGGUAGAGCUUGGUGUCAUGGUCAUGGGUGGUGCCCCUGAUCCGCCGCCACAAGUACAAGUUGCCGCGCCUGCUGCGCAGAUAUCCACGACACCUUCUUUGGAGCAGCCUGCAGUUGAAUCAGAGCAGACGAAGCCUGUGCCGGUAGAGGGUGCUGAACCAGUUUCAGGGUCUCCACCUGCUGCUGUUCAGCCAGGCGAGGCUAGUGGACAGGAUGUGGUAAAAACCGCCGAGUUCUGGGCCGAUUUGCAAGGGUUCCUGGAGCAGAGGAUACGUGACCAGGCCGAGGCGGGCAGAUUGAGGGGCCUGUUUGAACGAGCGUGGACGAGUGCAGACUCAAGCCCAUGA